CUCCGCGCCAGCUGGGCCAGUGUGGCCGGUCUGGGCCCAUGGCCUGGGGCUGGCCGGGGGGGCGGGGCUCUUGCCUCUGAGUUUCCUUUUCCCUCCGACUUUGCCGGGAGCCUGGCUUGGAAACCAGGCAGCUGGGGUGCUCUUCACUGCGAGGGGGGCCAGCGGCCAUGGAAGCGAGAGGAGCUGAGCGAGGCUGCAGCCCGAGAGCGAGCUGUGACGGGCCCUCCGUCUCGCUGGCCGCAGCCGGCGCUGACCGCCCUGACGGCGUGGGGACUCACGGAGGGCGCCUGGCUUGCUGGCGUACCCCAGGACUGGGGAGGGCUCCAUGGACCUCACUUGCCUCCCCCCAGCCCAAGACGACGGGGACCCGGAACUGGCGAGCCGUGCGGGACACCUGCAGGUACCGGCACCACUACCCGGACCUGGUGGAUGGCGGCGGCGACGACGAGGACAUGCCCAACCUGAGCUUCUACAGGAAUGAGACCUGCUUCCUGCCCAACGGCUGUCUCAUCGAGGACUUCCUCCAGCACUGGAGGGACGACUACAGCCGCCUGGAGGAUGACCACUCCUACAUCCAGUGGCUGUUCCCUCUGCGGGAGCCGGGAGUGAACUGGCACGCCAAGCCCCUCACACGCCAAGAGGUCGAGGCCUUCAAGAGCUCCGAGGAGGUCAGGAGGCGGCUGGUCCAGGCCUACGAGCUCAUGCUGGCCUUCUACGGCAUCCAGCUCCAGGACCGCAGCACCGGCCAGGUCUGCCGGGCGCAGAACUACCAGAAACGCUUCCAGAACCUCAACCGUGGGGCCCUGCGGGGUGCGCCCAGCCCUGCGGGCGCCAAGUGGCGGGGCCAGCUGCGGCCAGCCGGCUGGUGGCUGGAGGGUGUCCCUGCGCUGUCCUGCCGCCUGCUGGCCACGGUGCCUGGAGAAGGCCACAGCCGCAGGCAGGCGGGAGCUGGGAGGGAGCCGAUGCCCUGCGCGUCCCUCGGGGCUCCCGGAGGGCACUGA